CAGCCUUGUGGUUUGCUCCUGCUCUGACGCUUGAGGGGUUGGUCCAGGGACCAUAACGAAGCGUGCAGUUGCUCGAAAGGGAGUGGGCGAGCUGGGAUAGGCUGGGAGUUUGGUUGGAGCCGUCGACGGGACGGGACAAGGCACAAGAAGUGUGUGUGUGGUGGGGGGAACGAAGAACCGACCGACUAUUAACUUCUGGCUCCCGAGCGGCUGAAUGUUGGACAGGACAUUUGACGUACACAGCUUUACGGGUGGAAACAAUAGCAUUUGUUGCAUUCAGAGGUCACGGAUCUGAGCGGCGCGGAUGACAAAGAAGCGUGGCCGUGCAAACUUUCUCAACCGGGUUUGAUCGCUCGCAAAAACCCAACCGGGAAUUCUGUUUUUCUUUCUAACGGAGGAGUAAAGAAGAGGACAUCAUGCCACGGCGCACCGUGCUAGAAGUAACAGUGCAAGAUGUCCAGAAACGGAGAAAUCCGAACAAACACUACGUUUACAUCAUCAAAGUGUCCUGGAGCGAUGGCAGUACAGAAAUCAUUUUCAGACGCUACAGCAAGUUCUUUGACCUCCAGAUGGAAUUGCUGGACAAAUUCCCGGUGGAAGGAGGCCAGAAAGACCCCAAGCGCAGGAUCAUUCCAUUCCUACCAGGGAAGAUCCUGUUUAGGAGGAGCCAUAUCAGAGAUGUGGCCAUGAAAAGACUACGGCCCAUCAACGAGUACUGCAGGGCCCUCAUUCAGCUGCCAGUCUACAUCUCCCAGUGCGAGGAGGUCAGAGUGUUUUUUGAGACCAGACCUGAAGACCUCAACCCACCCAAGGAGGAACCCAUUGGAAAGAAGAAAUCAGGAGAUUCCACCUCAGCAGACCCUCUCUUCCUGGACCAGUAUGUGGCAGUUACAGACUAUGAGAAGCAGGAGAGCUCUGAGGUCAGCCUGCAUGUGGGUCAGGUGGUCGAGGUCAUUGAGAAAAAUGAGUCUGGGUGGUGGUUUGUUAGCUCAGAUGAUGCUCAGGGCUGGGUCCCUGCCACCUGCCUUGAGGCACAGGAUGACCCUGAUGACUUCUCUCUUCCAGGAGAAGAAGUACCUCGGAGAUUCUGGUCACUGCCAAGGCACGUGGGUCGUCGCAGAACUUUAGGGGAUCUAUUCAGCACAGGUUUUGGGCAAGAAGAGAAGCAUUCAGUGAUUUACCCGUACUCGGCCAGGGACCAAGAUGAGAUCGACCUGGAGAGAGGCAUGAUCGUCGAGGUGAUUCAGAAGAACCUGGAGGGCUGGUGGAAGAUCAGGUACGAGGGCCGUGAGGGCUGGGCCCCGGCCUCCUACCUGAAGAAGACUGACAUCCAGGGCCAGAAGCAGUCAGCGGGCGCUGCUGCUCAUGCCAGUACGAAUGACCUAGAUGGGUUUUCUAAUCAGAACCAACAAAACAAUGCAGCCAAAGAGAACCGAGACAACAGCCAAAAAGAAAACAGACUCUCGUUUUUUUCCGACAAAACUAAAGUGGGAGCAAGACACAGACCUCCUCCACGCAGAGAUCUUACCAUCCCACGUGGUACAAACCUACCCAAGCCGCCCAUUGCUCCCCAGGUUGAAGAAGAGUUCUACACCAUAUCAGACUUCCAGACCACGAUCCCUGAUGGUAUAAGCUUUCAAGCCGGAAUCAAAGUUGAGGUGAUUGAGAAGAAUAAUGGUGGUUGGUGGUACAUCCAGAUAGACGAGAAAGAGGGCUGGGCCCCUGCCACCUUUAUUGACAAGUACAAGAAGACCAGUACUGCCCUGCGACCUAAUUUCCUUGCCCCUCUGCCCAAUGAGAUGGAGAAGCUUAGACUGGAAGAUGGUGGUUCUUCAAAUAUUUCAGGCACAGAUGGCAGCUGGUCUAAGCCUUUACCAGAUGAGCCAACCACAGCCCCUGACUCCUGCGCCCGGCCUAAACUGAGAGAUUGGAAGGCCAGUGCCAGCAAGGUGGCCCCUACCUUCACUGGGCCUUUACCUCCUGCCCCAGCCGCCCCUCCAGUUGAGGAGAAACCAGCUCUGCCACCUCGAAGGGAGUCCAUUAAUAAGAGCUUUGAAUUGGAGGUGUCGGAGAAACCGAGGUCUGAUCAUUCCAAACCUAUGCCUCCAAAACCCCCAGCUCCUGGGGUCAUCUUGCCGCUGGUUACACCCAAAGCAGCCCCCUUCAAACUGGACAAACCACCAGAGACCAAGAAAGAAGAUAAGAGCAAAGCUCUCCACCUUCGGAAUGAGAUGGGUCUUGAAUGUGGCCACAAGAUCUCUGCCAAGGAGGUGAAGAAGUUUAAUCUGAAGCCCGUACCUAAACAGCCACCGAAACCCAAAUCAGAGACGCAGGAGGAGAAGCUAGAAGCAGCUGGCCCAGCUGUGUUUAUGAAGCCCAAGCCAAUGAUCCGACCUAAACCUGUUCCCUCUGCCAAGCCAGAUCCUCCGGCAGAGAACAAACUAGACAUCACCAACCUGAGAAGCAAGCUGAGGCCGCCAAAACCUGCUGAUCCUGGCUCCGAGGCAAACCAUCAGAAUGGCACCUCAACAGCAGCAGUAAAUAGUUCCCAUCCCAGUGCACCCCCUAGCUCUCCCCCCAUCCACAUCCCUACUCUCAACAAUGGUAAGCACUGUGACGAGCCAAAACUCCCCCCAAAGCACUUUAAUGGUCAUAGCCAGGAGAGUUCAUCACCCCCUGCAAAACCAGCAGUGCCUCCCCACAAGGAACCCCCACAGAGACCCCCGACCAUGGUUCCAAGGAGACCUCCUCCUCCAAAGAAGACCGACCCGUCCAGCCCGACCGAGCUCAAGCCUCCUCAUGUUCUGAGAGAAGUCCUGGAUAUUUCCAAAGGACCACCACCCCUCAGCAGACCGCCUCCCCCUAAACCCAAAGGGUUUGUUCCAGCCCCUCCAAAUAAAGAGAAAGAAGAGCCCAAAAUUAAUAAAGUCCCAGUUCCUCCCAAGCCCCAGUUGAAGAGUGAGAAGCCCGGCCCGCCCAAGGACAAGCUUCCACCUUUACUCAUGGAGCCCAGUAAGGAUGAGCUGUAUCUAGCUGUGGCGGACUUUGAAGGGGAUGACCAAACAUCCAGCUUCAAGGUGGGUACGGUGUUCGAGGUGAUGGAAAAAAACAGCAGCGGCUGGUGGUUCUGUAAGAACGUAGAACAAGAAGUUGAGCGCUGGAUCCCCUCAAAUUACCUGAGCAAGAAACCUUAGUGUGAAUGUGCUCUCAAAACCAUCGCCAUAUGAUUAAAUACAAACUAAUGAUUUAAAUGAACAAAAUAUCACUACUUAGUAGCUAAUAAGCAGUUAUUUUAUUUAUAGGUACCUAUUGUUAUUGUUUUAGUUUUUUUUAAAGUGACGCAUUUGUUAUGUUGCAUUUUGAUAAGAAUAUUCUAUCUAAACUGAACCAGCAAUAACACAUGACCUUGUUGGGACUUGUGAUGUUUACGAUUUUUUGUUUUAAUCUCAAUUUUUACAUGAAAGUGAUUUGCUUUUGUUGCCAUACGCUAGUCGCAGCCUGUGUCAGUCUUGCCAUUACUUAGGCUAGACGCUAGAACAGCAGUAAAUCUCCACCCAUGCCUUCUAUGAUAUUGUGCCUCUAUAUUAUAUGCAAAGUGCUUCAGUGCUUAAUAGACCUGUAUGCAACUGUAGACGUAGUCCUUGUUGUUUGACUAAAAAUCCAAUCACAGGAGGAAAAAAGCAAAAUGUUCAAAUCCAGCAGUAGACAAAAAAAUAAUUCUAAAUCCCUGAUACAAAGACUGCACAUGAACUCACCGGGGGAGUUCAAUGACUACAUCUGGGUUUUUAAGUGCGAAUGAAAGAGAUGUCUUUGCCAAGUAAAAUUUCUGUUUGUUAUACGAGAAACAUGCAUAUAAGUUUUUGUGCUAUUGUAAUGCUUUACUUCGUUGACUUGUAACAGAUGUGCACUUUUCCCGUCAUUUCAUAUGAGAUCAUUUUAAGGUUUGCACACGCUGAAGGAAGGGGAACAAUGCCACCGUGCAUUUUAUUUCUUUGUUUUAUGUGUUAUUACUUGUGUUUUUUUAUACUCACUGUAUCUCACUAUAUCCACCAAUGUAAAGAUGAGGCUAGAACAUCAAAACUGACAAGUUUAAAAGAAGCUCUCUGUCAAAGAAUUUUACAAUAAUCAUUUUAUCUCAGACCCAAAAAAUAAGAAGUGUGAAAUGUGACUUCUGCAUAUCUGUACCAGAUGUCUGACCUAAGAAAUGACACAUUGGUGAUCUACAGUGAUUUGUGCAAUGAUUUACAGUAUUGUAAGUGUACAGUCUGUUCUUAACCGAAGUUUGGUGCUAACAUAACAGCAAAGAAUGACCAUUGUAUAAAAAUAAUGUUUUACAUUAAUGCUUGACUGGUCUCAAGCAUGGUCAGUAUAGCAAAAUAUUUUUUAUUGUACAGAAAUGAAAUGCAUAUCUUAGCUGUUGUCACUUUUUCUUUGAUGGUCAUUGUGUAAGGUGUUUUACUCUGUACUGAUGAAGGGAUUGGAAGAAGAAAGAGCCAAGAAGGAAUUUGAUUGGUUGAUUCAUGGGAUUUGCUAUUUGAGAAAAUACAGAGGGCUGUGUUUUUUGUUCUUUUUCCGUCAAUAUCUGAGAAAAAAAAAAAUGCAACUUAAGAAAAGUAUGUGAACUGGCUGCUACUUUCUCACCAGGUGGUCCAGAAACAAUAGUCUACUUUACAUGUUUAUCAAGUAUUAGGUUUGCUAAAUAAUUAAGCAAAAUUAGAACAUAAAUGUUUAUGGUUCUCUAAACAAUCAAGACAAAGCUACAAGCUGUAACACUGCUUCUAGUCGCUAUAAAGUUAUUCCACUUCCCCCCCCCCCCCCCCCAUGUUUUAUACAGAAAGGAUGGUAUGUUACCAACUAGAGAGAAGACAUUGUAUAGUUGAGGUUUAUUUUAUGAGGAAGAAAUGCAGGAAGGUACAGUACAGUGUAAGGCAAAUGUAUGGGUGGAUGGUGUCAUCAUUUCAGUAUUGUAAUCCUAUUUACUUUUUUUGCUAUGUAUUUUUCAUUACAUUACACAAGUCGCCUUUUGCUUAAGUCAAUAAAAGUUUGAUUUUUCAG